GAUUUUUAAGCAUGUCAGAGUUUGAUGAAGAUGCACCUGAGGUGGCUGUGAAGUCAAUCAGGAGUCAAGCACUAGAUGAAGAGGAUGCGAAGAAAAAAAGUAGGAGGCUUUGCCGUGAGCUCAAAGUUUGGUCGAGACUCAGACACGACAACAUCGUCCCGCUGUACGGAACUGUAUCAGGCUUUGGCCAAUUCGUUGCCCUGGUUUGCCCCUGGUAUAACAACGGAUCGCUUUCAGGUUAUCUGGAAUCCCAUGGCGAAACUUUGUCCAUAAUCAACCGUUUCCAACUGCUCAGUGAUGUUUCUGCGGGUCUUCAAUACCUUCACUCGUGCUGUGUUGUUCACGGCGAUCUUACUGGGUCCAAUGUCCUCAUCUCAUCUGAUGGAAGGGCCCAUCUAUCCGACUUUGGUCUCUCUGUUAUAGCUGUGGACUUUGUAGGCACGUCUUAUUUCACGUCUGCCUUGAAUGGCACUGUGCGAUGGAUAGCCCCCGAACUUCUUGCAAUUCCCGAAGAAGAAGGCACAAUCAUGAUCCCGACAUCAAAUAGCGACAUAUAUUCGUUUGGGUGCAUUUUUUUCCAGGUAUUGACGGGCAAACCACCCUACUACGAGUUCAAGCGAGACGCACAAGUUGUGGUCGCAAUUUCUCUCGGAACAAAACCGUCGCGUCCUGAGUUUCCCGUCAUCAUCGAUCGUCAUUGGAGUUUUAUUAUGAAUUGCUGGUCCGUCAAGGACUGCAGGCCAUCAUCUCAGCGGGUAGAUGAAUACAUCAAAGACCAGCUCUACCUCUUACACCAUGACACAUCAUCUCCCGACUAAUCUCUUGAGGUUGGCUUACCAUCAUGCCUGUCUUUCUGUAUUCUCGAAAGUUCUUCAAUAGUAAACGCCACAUAAUAACAAUGGCCGCAACCCUUGAUUCGGUAUAAGUGGGCUACUCACAUCGGUUAUCUGCGCCAGGAUAUCAUCAUCUGAUGCAACGAGGCUAAUGCUUUCUUUGAACGACCUCUGAAUCUCGUUAGAGCAUCCAAAUCUGUCAUGAAGAAGCCAGUGUCACAACACCUUGCAUAUCUGUCAUGGAUCGUUCUGAUAGCGAUCAUCCACUAUCUAAGGUCCUGC